CCCACCAAGGCGCGGGCCCCAUCAGAGCAUGCGUACAGGUGAAAAGGAGCGUGUGGGUGGAGUUCGUGCUGUUGUGUCCAGACGGUGGGUCCUGGACGGACUGGGCUCUAGGGGUCUAGAUCGAAGAAUGGGGCAGAAGAUCUGAUGUGAAAGGGUUUGGCAACAGAACCCCGGAGACCCUUUUCUUGGGGAGCCCGUUUUCCUCUUUGGCUCCCGCUUGCAGGACUCCCCCAGCGACCUCAGCCUACAAGCCAGAGCGGCCUACAAACUGGCUGGAUCAAUGGUGCCACCUAGUGGACAGUGUUGGAACGGCCCACGGUGACGGCGGCAAGGACCCCAGCCUCGAGGAGGUGCUGUUGGAGGGUUGGGGUGGCGCUUCAGCACCAGCGUGGGCCGGACAGCGCCUCCCACCCUUGAAAGCGGGCUUCAGAACCCCUCGGACGGGACCCAAGAGCAGGCCUGGGAGGAACUCCGAAUUUCUCUGGACCACUGUAGUUUACAAAGCUCAUAUUCGAGAGCUACCGGUCUCCGUUCUCUACGCCCUCUUCCCUCCUUGGUCUGACGGUGGUGUGGUUUGAGAAGCCCGGGGUUGCAGAGAGAAGGAUCACACAUUUGAUUGUUCGUGCCACACACCCAGACGCCAGUUUGAGGUUUUACUAAAUAGGGGCCCCGAAGAGGGCUGGAGACAGGACAAAGGAGCUCCUGCACACGCAAAAACCUGCAAACUAAGCUCGGUCUCCAUAAUCGAGGCACACGCCUGUAGGCAGGCGCUAGGACCCAAGAGAGCCAAGAGGGCGGAAAGCCAGGGGUAGAGGAGCACUCGUCCUGGGCCGGCGCUAGGGCCCCGCGGAGUUCCAUUGGUGGGCGGGGGCACACGAGCGCGCAGGCGCAGACUGCGGCCAGAUGGAGCCUGAGCCGGAGCUUGAGGCCGUGGAGGUUCCCGCGGGGCGCGUGCUUAGCGCCCCGGAGCUCCUCGCCGCCCGCUCGCGGUCCCAGAAGCUGCCCCAGAGGUCGCACGGUCCCAAGGACUUCCUCCCCGAUGGCUCGGCGGCUCAAGCCGAGCGGCUGCGCCAGUGCCGUCAGGAGCUCUGGCAGCUGCUGGCCGAGGAGCGAGUGGAGCGCCUGGGCAGCUUGGUGGCCGCCGAGUGGAGACCGGAAGAGGGCUUGGUGGAGCUAAAGUCUCCUGCGGGUAAAUUCUGGCAGACCAUGGGUUUCUCGGAGGAAGGGCGGCAGCUGCUUCACCCUGAAGAGGCCUUAUAUCUGCUGGAGUGUGGUUCCAUUCAGCUUUUUUACGAAGACUUGCCGCUGUCUAUCCAGGAGGCCUACCAGCUGCUGCUCACGGGGGACACUGUGACUUUCCUGCAGUACCAGGUCUUCAGCCACCUGAAGAGGCUGGGCUACGUGGUUCAACGAUUCCAACCAAGCUCUGUCCUGUCCCCUUACGAGAGGCAGCUUAAUUUGGAUGGCUAUGCCCAGUACCUAGAGGAUGGAACUGGCAAGAGGAAGAGGAGUGUCUCCAGCUCUUGGCCUGUUAAUAAGAAGGCCAAGGCCCCGGAGAAUUCCCUGCUACCCAUGAGCCUGGCAGCCUCCAGCCCACCUGCCAGCAUCCAGAACAGCGAGUACGCAGUGGAGAAACCUCAAGAGACAAGCUACAUGAAGGGCUUGGGGGUCCCAUUUCAGAUUCUGGGAUCCCUGAAGCCCUGCCCUGGUCUGUCAAGGGAGGACCAGGAGUGUGGUCAGGAGAGUGGCAAAGCAGAGAAUGGAGUCAAGGGGGCUCCUAAGCCACGCUGGAACUUUGAGCAGAUCUCCUUCCCCAACAUGGCUUCAGAUAGCCACCAUACGCUCCUGGCUGUACCAGCCCCAGAGCUGCUGCCGGCCAAUGUUGCUGGGCGGGAGACAGAUGCUGAGUCCUGGUGCCAGAAGCUGAACCAGCGAAAGGAGAAGCUUUCCCAGUGGGAGCGAGAGCAGCAAGCAAAGGCCUGGCAGUUCCGGGAGGACAUAAACACAGAUGUUGAGGUGCAGCGCUGCUCCAACUGGCAGGAGUACAAGGAACUGCUGCAGAGGCGACACCUACAGAAGACUCACAGCUGCCCCCCACACCUUUGGUGUCAGCCUGUCACUCCCUUGCUGAGCCCGGGUCAGGCAGACUCCCCAGCUGCAGUCCUCGAGCAUAUCUCCGUGCUGCAGACAGCACACCUUGCUGAUGGCGGUGCUUGGCUGCUGGAGAAGCCUGGAGGCUUGGAGAUCAGCUUUGACGUUUACCAGGCUGACGCUGUGGCCAUGUUCCGAAAGAACAGCCCUGGGAAGCCCUAUGCCCGGAUGUGCAUUAGUGGAUUUGAUGAGCCCGUCCCAGACCUCUGCUGCCUCAAGCGGUUAACCUUCCAGAGCGGGGAUGUCCCUCUGAUCUUUGCUGUGGUGGAUCAUGGUGACAUCUCCUUCUACAGUUUCAGGGACUUCACACUGCCCAAGGAUCUGGAACACUGACAACAUGGGGUGGGGCUGGAGCCUGCUGUGGGGAACCUGGGCUAUCUGUUCUCAGGGAGCAUCCCAGCUGCCCUUGAGCCCUACCUCUGACCUGAGGCAGUAGGGGCCAGCUCAGGCCCUGGCCCAGGAUGUCUGAUUCUUGAAAGAGUGUGAUGCCAAGCCCCAUGCCCCGCUCCCUUGCCUUGCCUGCAGGGCUUCAUAGCCCCAAGCCUCAGAGCUCUGCCUUUAGAGACCCAGGAGGUGGGGCAGAUGAGGACUCUGUGCCUUUAAUGAGAGGGUGCCUGCUUCAUUGCCAUAAAGCCAAAGCCAUUAAAAAUCGAUUUUUCUACCGUG